UCAAGGGAUCGGCCAUGCUGUCAAGGGCCCUAGCAAAGCUUUUCUGACCUCUUGAUGAAGGUGCGAUUCUGAGCUGGAGAGGCCUGUAUGUUAUUUACUUCAACUCCUUCCACGGUGGGAUACCAAAACAGCAACUUCGGAUUCCCCUCACUACCCACACACACAACGCCAUUCCCUCUGCUUGGUAAGGCCGGAUAGCCGAAAGUCACAUUAUUUUGCACACACGCCCUCAGCUUCUGCCCUGCACCUUCUCUGUGCUCGACUCCGUCUCACUGAGCCACCGCCCCCAGUCUCUCUCUGUUAAGGUCUCGACAAUUAUAUGCCGUGUGACGUCCGGCUCUUGACCCAAGACAAUGGUGGCACUCUGCUGCUGACGAUGUAUGACAACGGUCCGCGUGACGUUCCCGAGUACUCACGAGCCGUCAGCUACCUUGUUGAUGAGGCCGCCAUGACGGCCACACAGGUGUGGGAGUACCGGCACUCGCCGGACUUAUACACGUGGGCGACGGGCAGCUCCCAGCUGCUGGACAACGGCAACUACGCGAUAGACUGGGGCGGUAUCGGGCAGCCGCUGAUGCCCUUCUACACCGAGAUCGACCCUCAGACCAGCAGCAAGGUGCUGGAGAUGCAGUUUGUGCACGGCCUGUCCUAUCGAGCCACGCGGCAUCGGUGGCAGGGGAAGCCGGCCGAGCCGCCCACACUAAUGGUGGCCAACCAAGACAAUGGUAGUGGCCAUGGCAGCACCGCUGUGGCAACCAGCCCGUCGCUGCACUUCAGCUGGUGAGUGAGCGUGGGCAGUGAGUGCGGUACGACAGACACGAUAGAUACAUUCAAUGAGUGAGUGCACUGACUGACUGCAACUAACGCGUCUAUCUCUGUGUGUGUGUCUUUGAUGUCUGUCGAUAGGAACGGUGCCACGGGUGUGGUGGGGUGGGAGGUGCUGGUGGGCGAGCGUGAGGGCGUCCCCAUGACGGUGACGCGGCAUGUGGAGAGGAAGCAUUUUGAGGAUGGUGUGUCGACGAGUGAGUUGGUCGAUUUGGUCGAGGCCGUCAGGAACAGUGCGGAGGAGAGCGAGGGCAGUGCUGCCGAGUGCUGUGUGUGGCAAGUGGUGCCCCUGAUGGCCGACGGCACCAAAGGCAAACCGUCCAACACCGUGACAAUUCGCUCAACAUGACAUGACUGUGUAGCUAAAGUACUUAAUUGCUCUCUGUGGGUGAAUGUGUGUGUCUGCAUGCGGUGCGGUGCGUGAGAGUGUGCGUGGUGUGGUGUGGUGGAUGCGACUAUGUAUUGGUGAGUGAGUACUUGGCGUUUGCCACCCGAUUUACCCGAUGCUGCCUGCUUCUACGUUUUAUAUGAACCGGUUCGUUUGACUGACUGCGAUGGACCACACGUCCGUGGAUGUUUGGACACAACAUCCACCCACCUCAGCGAGUAGUGGUUCAUUCAUGUCACGAAGCAUGGCAUACGUACGACAUGAUUGGUCUCUGACAGUGCUUUGCUUGCUGCACAUGUCUCUC